CCUACACUGACCACAAGUCUUGCCGCAACAGCAGCACUUCUUAUCUUCUAUUUCCUCGCCAGUGUCAUCUACUCUCUCACGUUCCACCACCUUGCCAACUUCCCGGGCCCCGUCUCGUGCGCUGUGAGCCGCAUACCGUUUUGGGUCGCCUGUGUCAAGGGAACCCAAGUACAAUGGAUGCAUAGCCUCCACGCUCGAUAUGGGCCGGUGGUUCGCUACAGCCCGAAUGACCUGAGCUACGUCGACGAAGGGACAACGGCGUGGAAGGCUAUCCAUAACCAGGAUAGGACGGGUAGAAGGGAGUUCCCCAAAGCCAGGGAAUGGUUUGUGACACCCGCCAACGGUGUAUAUGGCAUCAACAGUGCGGCUGAGCACGAAGAUCAUCGGCGGUACCGCCGUGUCUUCGCGCCGGCCUUCUCGGAGCGGGCCAUGAAGAGUCAGGAACCGCUGUUCCGGGAACACGUCGACCUCCUUGUUUCAAAACUCGACGAGAUGGUGGGCGCUGGGCAACCAGUCGACAUGUGCAUGCUGUACCAACUCACCACAUUCGACAUCAUGAGCGACUUGACCUUUGGACAGUCGUUCGCCCAGCUCGAGGACAAGACCUACCUGAAGUGGGUGCAGGCCGUCUUCGACUCGGUCAAGGCCAUCCCCAUCGCCCAGGUCAUCCAGUACUACCCGCUGCUGAACACGCUCUUCCAGCUGUUCGAGCCCAAGUUCGUCAAGGACAUGAAAUACAACCACUUCAAACACUCGGCCGAGCGCGUCGACAAGCGCCUCGCGCAGGGGUCGGACAAGCCCGACAUCUGGAACAUGGUGCUCAAAGUCAAGGGCAAGCUGCAGCUCAGCCGCGAGGAGAUGUACUGCCACGCCGACGUCUUCAUGCUGGCGGGCAGCGAGACGACGGGCACCGCCAUGUCCGGCCUGACCUACUACCUGCUGACCAACCGCGACAAGCUGGCGCUGCUAACCCAGGAAAUCCGCGCCCACCACCGCACCGAGGAGGACAUCACCAUGGACAGCGUAGCCUCGCUCCCGUACCUGAACGCCUGCAUCAACGAGGCCCUGCGCCUCUACCCGCCCGUGCCGGUCGGCGUUCCGCGCGUCGUGCCGGCCGAGGGCAGGGUGCUGCUGGACAAGUUCGUCGGCGGCGGCACGCGCGUGUCGGUGCACCACUACUCGACGUACCGCAGCCCGGCCAACUUCGCGGACCCGGACGCCUUCGCGCCCGAGCGCUGGUUACCGACAACAACGACAGACAGCCGGUCGCGGUACGCGGACGACCGGCGCGAGGCGCUGCAGGCGUUUGGGUACGGCCCGCGCAACUGCCUCGGCCAGAACAUGGCGCUGCACGAGAUGCGCCUCGUCCUGGCGCGGCUCUUUUUCCGCUUCGAUCUCGAGUUGCUGGACGAGAGCAGGGACUGGACGGACCAGAAGGCCUUUGUUCUGUGGGAGAAGAAGCCGCUGCUUUGCAGGCUCAAGGCGGCGGUG